AUGCGCCUACAGCUUCAGGAAUGGGGGUCGAGGACGUACUCGGCGAAUGUCUUCGCGCUGGCACUUUAUUACAAUCGGGCCGUUAUCUUCAUAGGCGAAGCUUAUAGCUUGGACUUGGACGUGGCAGAUGGGGAUCAGUGUCGCCCAUGGUACGGGCGUGGUAAUAUGUACAUUCGGACCGAAGCAAGGUGGGAGCCGGCGCAUGGCAAUGGAAUGCUGGGCAUUCGAGAUCAUAUUACAGAGGAAUGCGGUAGGAGUACAAUGCGACUGACUCCGCGACUUCGCGUGACGCGGAGGAGACUCGGCCAAGGAAGCCGUGAUCACAUCGCUGACAAAACAUGUCUUUGCUGGCCCUGA